AAAUGGACUGAACUGAACUGUGAGCAUCACCUCCUUCACCAAUCGAAGCUUUUCUGUUUCAGAAUCAUGAGUAAGAACCUCCUGCCCAGGAACACUGAGCUCCACAAGGGAGACUUCCUGCUCUCCAACAACAAUGAGUGGAAGGCCAUCUUCCAGGGUGAUGGGAACUUUGUGAUCUACGGCUGGAAGCCUGUGUGGGCUUCAGACACAUGUGGAUCCGAUGUCUUCCGCCUGAUAAUGCAGGACGACUGCAACCUGGUCAUGUACAGCCAGUGUGGGACCCCCAGGUGGAACACAAGUACCUGCAACCCCGGCUCUCACAUGUGCUGCCUCCAUCUGAGCGACGACGGCAAACUGCAGGUGUACAAAAGCGGGCAAACAAUCUGGAGCUCUGCCAACUCCAAGGGUACGAAGGUCUGAUGUGACGCCCUGGAAGCUCUGCAGGGUCACAGGUUCUGUAAGAGUUAAAUUACAGUCAAAUUGGAGUCAAAUAAAGUCACAAUAGACAUACAUUUUCA